AUGAAAUAUUUAUCAGAAGCCACUUACUGCACUUACUUUAAAAGAGAAAUUCAUGGCACAUACUUUGUUUUUAAAGCUAAACUUUCUAUCAUUUCAGUGUCUCUGCAGGUCACAGUAGAGGGUGUCAUUGGUGGCUCUGUUGUCCUGCCAUGUUCUUCAACUGAACAUGAUUUUAAACUUCAAGAGGUUGAUGUGAGCUGGAGACACAAUGGCAGCAAACGUGUGUGUGAUUUAACUCCACACAGUAAUUUACUAGAGACACACGACCAACGAUACAAAAACAGAACUGUAACUUUCCCUGAGGAGUAUGAUCGAAGAAAUUUCUCCAUCAAACUCACCGGUCUCACUUACGCUGAUGCAGGAAAAUACAUCUGUCUCAUCACACCCUCGGAUGAACAAGAGACUGUGCUGCUGAUCAUCAACGAAACAACAGAAAAAGUAAGAAAAACCACUGAUCAAGAAAACCAACAAGAAACCAGACCAGACAGUGUUGGGAAUUCAUGGCAUUUGAUCCUGGUUGGCACUCUAUUAUCCAUACUGUUUAUACUUUUCAUUGUAAUUAGCUUUAGACAAAAGAUCUCAAGCUGCUGUAUGUCAGGUGAACACAGCGUGGGUUCAGACGCUCUUGAGGAUGUGAGCUGUGACCAACAUUAUAAAUUAGUAACUGCAGAUGAUGAAAUGAACACAGAACUGACACAUGUGCAGCUUUACAUACGGACAGUAUCUGCAUGAGCUUUUUCACUAAACAAGAGGAGGAAGUUGGUUCUUUUAUUGUUGCUGCCGCAGUAAAUGUGUUACUGUAUUUUCCUCAUGUGCACACUGUAAUGCUACAUAGCAGUCUAGAGUGACUUUGUCAUAUUUAAUUUCAGACAAAUUCAAGCAGAUUCCCCAAAUAUUCAGCAUUUCUAAAAAUUAUUGUCAGCAUGUAGAGUACUCUGCUCUGGGAAACUGCAUACUUCCACCAUUUGCCUGUGUGUGUAUCUGUGAAUUGUAGAAAGAAGGUCAGGCUAUAACCAGUGUUGGGAAGGUUACUUUGGAAAUGUAAUAGGUUACAGAUAACAAGUUACCCUAUUUAAAAAGUAGUAAGUAGUGUAAUUUUUCAAUUACUUUACUAAAGUAAUGUAACUGAUUACAUUUGAUUACCUUUUGAUUACUUUUCUAAAUUUCUAAUGCUUUUGACUGUUAAUUAUUUUUAAAACAUGCAAACCAUGGGUUAACGUACAGUAUACUCAACAAUGACUGACUCAACUCUGACUUUCAAGACUUUCAAAAUCCUUCAUCACUUGUAUUAAGAUUACAAUAGUUUAAUUUUAAAGCUCAGUUACCACAAAAUCACACUUACUUUGAGAUCAUUCUGAUGUUAAAUAAAGAUUUAAAACCAUAACAAGAAAUGAAGAGUUCAGAUACAAAACCAGCUAAAUCCAUCUGACGUCUUUCUUGAAAAAAUGCAUUUUUAUCAGGCUCAGAUGUAUAGGUUUCUAUGUAAGUACUGGUACUUCUGAUUGGGCUGAGGCUGGAAUUUACCGAGUAAAAAUAUUUGAUGGACGUAUUUUAUGUGUCAGGAGCAUUCACUCAGAAUCAUUAUCUCAUUUUUGACCGCGAUGGCUUUUAGCUGGUUUUGCAUCUGAACUCUUUAUAUAUAUGUAUAUGUGUAUGUAUAUGUGUAUAUAUAUAUGUGUGUAUAUGUGUGUGUGUGUGUGUGUGUGUGUGUAUAUAUAUAUGUGUGUAUAUGUGUGUGUGUGUGUGUGUGUGUAUAUAUAUAUAUAUAUAACUUUACAAUUGGUUUGGUUCUUAUGGUUGAUAUAUAACUUUUGUCUGUAGAUCAGUAUCAUGAAUGUGUUUCUCCAACUGUUCUGUUUUUCCAGCAGCAAAAACUAAGAAUAAAACAGAGAAUUCAGAUUCACUAUUUACUAACGGUAUAUUAUUUUUUCUUAAAUGGUAAAAAUAUAUACAGUAUUAAAAUAAACCUCAACCAAAUAAAAACUAAGAACAGCAUUAUAAUGGUGUUUUUACACUAAUUCAUAUUUAACUUGAUAAUUUUUAGAAUAAGAAUAAUAACUUACAGAUCACAACAAUGAUCAGAAGUCCAUUCAUCAGAGCAGAUAUGAUGAUAAUAAUCCUCCAUUGUGUUUGAUUCUGAUUAAUAAUCUCCACCGCUGUGUGAUUGUGACACUCAGUUGAUUGAACUGAUUCUGUAAUGAAAGUGUUCAUAGUCUGUUACUGUCAGUUUGUUACUGUCUGAAGACUAAUAUACAACACAGGCCUAUUAAUUUCUG